AUGGCCCGGCCCGCGACACUGGUGGCCGCCGCCCUGGCGCUGUGCCUGCUGCUACCGCCGCCCGGCCUCGCGUGGUACAAGCCGACGGCCGGGUCCAGCCGCUACUCGGUGGGGCGCGCCGCGGGGCUGCUGUCUGGCUUCCGCGGGUCCCCGAACGCGCAGCGCUCCGAGUCCCCCGUCGGGGCGGGACCCCAGGGCCGGGCCGGCGCAUCCCCGGAGCUGCGCACCGGCCUACGGAGCCUCGCUGUGUGUGUCGAGGACGUCGCCCCAAACCUGCAGAGCUGCCAGCGGCUCCCCGACGGCCGCGGGACCUUCCAGUGCACGGCUCACGUCUUCCUGUCGCUGCGCGCGGCCGACUGCCGCGGCGCCUGA